UUUGUGGAUUCUGUGGUCCGCCGCCAAAUUCAAACAGCGAAAGAAGAAACGGGAGCUACAGCCGCCUAAAAGCCACAGCGAAUCGACUACUUUUACUACUGACACUUUCAGCUAACCGUGGCUUCGGGGGCACAGCCCUCUUUUGUUUUGUUAAUGAUAUUCACUGACUUUUAUGGAUAAAGGCAGCAUUUGACAACAAUGGCACAAUUUGACAGCGUUUUCAUGUAAAGGCAAGUGGAAGCUCGGUCAUAUAGCCUGUUUAGUCAUGGAUGGUGUUGGUAAAGCUGUGGUUGGAGUCUGGCGGGCACACACAGUCCUGGAUGAGUCUGAUGGAGCAGAGAGCUCCCCAGAAGCCCCGGACCGUUUCCGCAAACUUCGGUCCUCAUCUUCACUCAAUUCUCUGAGAAUGUCAGUGAGGAAGCGACUCCCACUGCGAUCUGUCCAGACCAACUCCCUCCCUGAGAAUCCGACCUGGGAAACCACGAAGGAGCAACCAAAGACCAGCACAGUCCGCAAGCUUACUCGUAGUGCUCGUAACUCUAUCACCGGAGUGUAUCAGAGGUUGCAGAGGACCAGAGAAUUUUCCCGUGAAGAGUGUUUGGUAGCGACCCCGGGUCGUGAUGGAGAAAAUGCUGGUGCAUCGAAUUCUUGCACCCCAGGACAUACACCUCAUCGGGCUGCAACACCCAGACGCACACCCAGAGCAGCAGGUACACCUGGGCGUACUCCAGGCUCCAGAGGACGCAGGACUCCUGAAGCAUCCGUAAGAGGAGUGAAAACAGGAGGUGGCAGGAGGCAACUGGUCCGCAUGGCUGCUGUACGAAGUCCCUUUGCCUCUCCAAAUACGCAAAACCAGAGGAUGAAAUUUGACCAAGAUUUGGAGUCAGUUUCCAGUGGACUCAGGAGGCUCAAACAUCUGUCAAAGGCCUUUGAUGACAUCAUUGGGAGAGACAGCAGAUCUGGCCCAAAGGAACGUUCUGGGGGAGCGAUGAUGAGAAAGCUGGAUCCCAGCGGUAAACUCAGCCGCUCAAACGUCACACGCAGAGCCACACGCGUCUCAGACACGCUGGGCAGUUGGGCCCACACAGCUGUGAACACUAUUUGCAAACCCAACUGAACUACAUGCAUGUCUGUGUGUAUAAUGCAGGACCUUUUGUAGCCAUGUUUUACACUUAUUAUACUCAUUAUUAUUAUUGUGGUGUCACUGUUACAUAUUCACAGUGGCGUUAUGAUACUGGGAGACUGUUAUGCUACAGCUUGUCUUUUUUUUAUGUGUGCUCUGCAUAUUUGUGAGCAUCUGUGUGACUCUUGUGUGUUUACAUGUCUCAGGUUAGCUUGUUGUGGGUAAAAUAUCCUCACUGUAGCUUCCAGAGGAAUUUUCUUUGCAUCUGUCGUAGCUGCUACAACCAAAAUGUUACAUUUUGUUACAUUUAGUUACAUUUUCAAAAUACUAAUAUUGUACUUUGUGUUCUCAUUCUCUGCAUAGAGAAAUGUACUCUAAAGAGAUCACGAACAAAAACUGCAGUUUAUCUGCAGAACAAACACUAAAUUUUCUGACAGAGGGGAAAUCUUUUUCCUCUAUUUUUAUAUGUAUGCAAUAAUGUUUCUAACACUUGUUACGCUAUUUUUUUUAAUGUCAUUUGAUUAUACCAAAUUAUCAAGUGUAUUUUCUAAAACACAGUAUUUAAAUGUGAACAUUCCUUGAGGCAGAGGUUGGCAUUUCUAAUGGCCUGUGGAUGAUUCAUGCAUCAAUACUGUACACAUAAAUCAUCUGAUAAUGUGAUGGGGAAAAAGAUUUAGUGGCUCAUUACCAGUUGAUGGCUAUAAUGAUGAUGUUAUAAAGAGAUAUCCCGAGUCUUAUUAGUGACUGUCAAGCUUCCAGCCUCAAAUUAAGCAAAGCUCUUCUGUGGGUGUGUUGUUGUUGUUUUUUUUGUUUUUCUGUUUUUGAUACUUUCUUUUUCUGCAUUAUUAUUUUUUAAAAGGAGAACAACUGUCCAAAUGUAAAAAAAUAAAACUUUGCAUUUUUUAUGUGUAUA